CGGAGCCUCAGAGGCAGCAGAGCAGCCGCGAUGGGCGAAUAAAAUAGGGAGAGAGAGGAUGAGCUGGACCGCGCCUGCGUCGCCUCUACGCAUCACUCCGCAGCAGAAUCCAAUUCCUCUCCCCAUCUCCUCCUCCUCCUCCUCGUACUAUCGCCAUCAUCGUCGUCCUCUCUAUUCCCUCUCCGCGGUCCCCGAUCCUUCCCCCAAUCCCCUCUCGUCGCGGCAAUGGAGGUACUUCGCUUGAUCCUUAACUGCGGUUGCUUCCGCCACUUUUGGGGUAGCAGAUCAAUUGAGAAGAACAAAGCAUUGGUGGAAGAGCUGCAGAGAAAUGGAAUCAUUCGGUCAAAGAGAGUUGCAGAAGUGAUGGAAGCAAUUGAUAGGGGAAUAUUUGUAACAGCUGGCGCACCAGCUUAUCUUGAUAGCCCGAUGUCUAUUGGUUAUAAUGCGACUAUAUCUGCACCUCAUAUGCAUGCGACAUGUCUGGAAUUGCUGAAGGAGCAUCUGCAACAUGGCAUGCGGGCCUUGGAUGUUGGUUCAGGCACUGGAUACUUAACAGCAUGCUUUGCAAUGAUGGUUGGACCACAAGGCCGUGUAGUGGGAAUUGAACAUAUUCCUGAAUUAGUUUCUUCUUCCAUUGAAAAUAUCAAGAGAAGUGCAGCAGCAUCAUCAAUAAAGGAUGGUUUCCUCACUGUGCAUGUUGCAGAUGGGAGGUUGGGCUGGCCAGAGCUGGCACCAUAUGAUGCUAUUCAUGUCGGCGCCGCUGCGCCACAGAUUCCACAGUCGUUGAUAGAUCAGUUGAAGCCUGGUGGCAGACUGGUAAUUCCUGUUGGAACCCUAAACCAGGACUUGAAGGUGGUCGACAAGAAUCUGGAUGGCUCUAUCAGCGUUCGAACUGAAACAUCUGUGCGCUAUGUGCCACUAACUAGUAGAGAUGCCCAGUUGAGAAACAACUGAUUGGUUCUAUGCCUUAUUUCCCCAGUAAGCCUUCUUACCUUGGUAUUUUAGAUGUACAGAGUUGGGUAUGUCAUGCUUUAAAGAUAAUGCGAAUACAAGAUUAAAUAAGUCUGUGAAACCUAGGAUUUUAUAAGGCAGCCAAUUUGCGUAUCUCUUUGGUACCUUUGUUAAUUCAGUGCCGUUGUGAAUAGUUAAUACUGUUGUUACUUGUUCGGACGUUAAUGCAUUUGAGAGUCUUCAUGAUCUUUGCCAUAAUGAAUUCAAA